CUUUAAUUAUUAAAAAGGGAAAACAUGUUAAUCUACAGAUAAUCAAAUGGGUAGCUACGCUACUCCGUCCUCAAAGAUCAGACACAACUCUAGAUAUUCGGUUUUACUCUUGAUUCUUGUGAGUUAUGGAACCGAUUGGUGCAAGCUGUAUAAGUCUGUACUGUCCCGAGAAUAAUAUUAGACUAAACGAAAAUGAUGAAAACAUUAAGGAAUUAGUUCAAAGCUGCAAGUCUCUGAGUGAAUAUGAGAGUAAAAGUAUUAAAAGUUUAGUACCGCAGAUAAUAGCGUCUCUAAUAGCGGCCUCCUUCCACAUAGGAAAUGGAAUCUCACUGGCCUAUUCCGCUAUACUAAUUUCACAGCUAGGAAAACCUGAAAGCGAUAUUAAAUCCACGGAAAGUCAAAAUUCAUGGAUGGCAAGUGUCUUAAUAGUGGUUAUACCCUUUUCCUCGGUAUUUAGCGGAAUGAUGAUGGACGGUUUGGGAAGACUGAAUACUAUAAAAAUUGCUGGCAUACCAGGUGUGAUAGGAUGGAGUUUAAUAGCCAUCUCUCCUAAUGUCCCUUGGAUUAUAAUGGGACGUCUUUUGGUCGGAAUAUCAGCAGCAUGGGGCACAAGUCCUGGAAUAGUUUACAUCACCGAAAUAGCUAGCGUAAACCUGAGAAUGUCGUUGAUGGCGAUCGCUCCUGCCUACGUAUCUUUAGGUAUGGUGCUGACAUAUCUCGGAGGUUGGAUCCUGCAUUGGAGGACUCUAGCUUGGAUAAGCAAUAUCUUCAUCGUAGUACCCUGCAUAACUUGUAUUUUUAUACACGAGAGCCCCUCCUGGCUAAUUUGGAAAGGAAAAUUGGACGCGGCCAAAAAAGCACUGGAUUGGAUGCACAAAUAUCAACCCAAUCCGAAAAAUGCGAAAGAAACGUACGCAGACCUACAAUUUAAUCUGCUACAAGAAGAACAGCAAAAGAAAAGGGAAGAAAACACAAACAAUAAUCACAAGGGAGCAAAAGCCAUACUACUUGAAUUUAUGAAACCGACAGGAUACAAGCCCAUAAUAAUACUGAACGGGUUGUUCUUUUUCCAACACUUCUCCGGUAUUUACAUCACCAUGUUCUAUUCCAUUUCUUUUAUUGAGCAAGCAGGCAGCAGUGUGAACCCGUUCCUGGCUUCUAUUCUAAUAGGCGUUGUCAGACUGAUAAUGUCGAUACUAAGUAUUUACAUUUUAAAGACGUUCUGCAGGAGAUCUUUAAUGUUUGUCAGUACCUUUGGUAUGGCCAUCUGCAUGUUCGUCGCUGGACUAUUUACGAAACUGAUACAAGAAAACGCCACAACAAUGAAAUGGGUACCAGUCGCAGCUCUCCUGUACUACGUGAUCACGUCAACCAUAGGCCUACUACCUAUACCGACCAUGUUAAUCGCCGAACUGUUCCCUUUGGAAAUAAGAGGAAUCGGUUACAGCGUGAGCUACAGCCUCAACUGCAUGUUCAUGUUCGCAGCGCUACAAAGCUAUUUCGAUCUAAAUGCGUUUUUCGGCGGUGCCACGAAUCUGCAGUGGUUCUUUGCUUGCAUAUGCCUUGGUGGGCUGGUGUAUUCCUACAUAUUUGUACCGGAGACUUUCGGAAUGACUCUGAAGGACAUCACCGAAUAUUUUAAGACCAACUGGCUUUACAUAGGGUACAAGAAGGCAGUGAAAAGUAAAUCCCAGCGACAGCAGGGAAAUUUGAAAGGUGCUAAAGCGAGUGUGGUAACUUUUGAGAGUAAUGGUGUAAAAGUGGAGAGCGCUAAUGUUACAAAUAAUAAUAAAAUGGUUGUGUAAUAUGUGAUAAAUGUUUUACUGUUAUUUUUGCAAAUAAAUGUUAUACUGUAAAAUAAAA